AUGAAGUUCUACUGGCAGGCCUUGACGACCCCGACGGCCGACACCCCCGGCACGUUCCUCAAUCUACACUUCCCCGAGAAGAGAUACAUCUUCGGUCAGGUAUCAGAGGGAACUCAGCGAGCAUGCGUCCAACGGGGAACCAAGCUCAGUAGCCACUUGAAUCAUCUUUUUUUGACAGGUCGCACGGAAUGGGCGAACAAUGGCGGUCUGAUUGGUGUCAUCUUGACUGUCGCGGAUGCAAGCGCGGCGACCUACGGUUCCCUGGAGACUGCUUCACGUGAAAAGAUGCAGCGCGCGGCCGAGCGCAAAGCUACGGAGGCACCAGGAAGAAAUCUGGGGCCGCUGAACCGCGCGAUCCCACGAACCAGUUAG